ACCGACAGCGGAGGCCGCGGCCCAGAAAUAGCCGCCUCGGUGGUUCCGCCCCGCGCCCGGCGAGAGCCUUGAGAGACGGCUGGACGCAGGCUGGGCGCGGUGCGGCCCGGACGAUGCUGCUGAGCCCCGGUCCGGCCCGACAUAGAGCACAUGAUGGCGAUACGGGAGCUCAAAGUGUGUCUUCUCGGGGACACCGGGGUUGGGAAAUCCAGCAUUGUGUGUCGGUUUGUCCAGGACCACUUUGACCACAACAUCAGCCCCACCAUUGGGGCGUCUUUCAUGACCAAAACCGUGCCUUGUGGAAAUGAACUUCACAAAUUCCUCAUCUGGGACACCGCUGGCCAGGAGCGGUUCCACUCCCUGGCUCCCAUGUACUACCGAGGGUCGGCGGCAGCUGUCAUAGUCUACGACAUCACUAAGCAGGAUUCAUUUCACACCUUGAAAAAAUGGGUUAAAGAGCUGAAGGAGCACGGCCCAGAAAACAUUGUGAUGGCGAUUGCCGGGAACAAGUGUGACCUAUCCGAUAUUAGGGAGGUGCCCCUGAAGGAUGCUAAGGAAUAUGCUGAAUCCAUAGGCGCCAUCGUGGUGGAGACAAGUGCGAAGAAUGCCGUUAAUAUCGAGGAGCUCUUCCAAGGCAUCAGUCGGCAGAUCCCACCCUUGGACCCCCAUGAAAACGGAGACAGUGGAGGGAUUAAGCUUGGGAACCAGAGCUUGCAAGCUGGCCGGAGAUGCUGCUGAGCCCAGGGCGUGGCAUACGGAGCAAGAAGGAAGGAGCCAGCGCCCCGUCCUGUCCCGUGUCCCGUGCACACAGAAGGACCCCACCCACGGGGCCGACCCUGCCUGCCAGAGAGUGAGCAGCUCUGUACCCUGGGACACCUGCACGAUGUUGAACAGGGAAGUUUCCUGAAAAGAAAUUAUAGAAAACUCACCAUACCACCGCGACAUGGCCUUCGGUUUAUGAAAUGCACACAGCAAGGCUUGUACUUGCUAGGUAAUAGAUAUAGUUGCUGUUUUUGUUAAAGAAGUAUUAGAAAAGUUUUAGAGUUGUUCACAAACCUCGAAGUAUUGUUCUUCGCUGAUUUCCUGUGUCCCCUAGUCAGAUUUCAGUCAUGUCUCCAGGGCCAGGGCCUUCCUUCUGGCCAGUUCACCAAAAGGCAAAGGCAAUAUAGUAGGCUAGCUCGUAGCCGGCUUUGGAAGUAAGCCUUUAUUAGUUUUCUGAGGGAUAUCAGAGAUGCACAGCUGGACCGUUGUUCAAAUUGAGAAGUGAUCUCCCGUAAGAGAGACAAAAGUUGGAUUAGAAACCACCAUCCCUGUCUCCUUCCAUUUAUCUGAUGAACAUUUUUCUAAAGUAUGGAUAUCCAUAAACCAACCAAAUCAGACUAGAUAGAAUGUUGCAUAUAAUUUUGGGGUCGGGAGAAGGGCUGAUUAAAAGAGCUAAGUAGUUGCUAUGUAAGCAGUGGUGGACAGAAGAGAUAAAUGGCAUUCGGAGUACCCCCAGCAUGUAUCCCCCAUUGCAAUGAGUUUCUCCUCUUGGGGAUGAUUACUUCACAGAGCAUUCGAGACAAUGUCAUGGUGUCACAUCUAGGGAUGUUUGAGCCUAAAUUGUAGGGCAGACUUCUAUUCUUAGUGGCUAAUCAUAGGUUGCAGCAAACCAGGCAGAGAGGAACGUUACCACCCCAAAAUUAUGGACCCCCUAAAAGUAUAAAAUCAGAAGUCCCUUAAAGUUUGCCAGCUUUGGAGAGAAAGGCUAUCAGUCAGUCAGUGCCAAGUUCCAGUCAUUGAUGGUGCUUGUCAACUCCAGGUUGUGAGCUUCAACACGUCUUCCUGUGUCUCCCAACCCGGAAGCUAAUUGAGUCCUAGAAUACAGGGGAUAGCAAAUACUUGUCUUGAUUCGAGUGUCCCUAGAUACCCCAUAGCAGGGCUCUCAAACACUGUUAGCAAGCGGAACCUGUGUGCUGUGCCACGGCCUUCUCGAGAUCGUCAGUACCUGUUCCGCGUCUCCAGCAACAUGAGCUGACAGGAUUCCAUGUGCCAACAAAGGCCAUCACCCCCUCACUACAGGUCAAACAAACAAAGAACAAUUGAGUUGAGGUCGAGGUGGCCUCUCUCCAGCCAGUUCCAAGCUUAGUUUUGAAUCUUUCCCCAUUUGGGGGGAACCUUUUGAUGGGAGGUCGUCUCUACCUGACUGGCUGUCUAUCUAGAUUUCCAGCCACUCCCAGGAGAGGAUGCCCCUGCUUUGGAUUGGGUUUGCAGUGGUUGAGUUUGGCAUGAACUGUCUGGGCUUCACCUUGUCGGUGAGCUGCCCUGGGUGGAUUGGAGAAGUGUGCGAGGAUGCGGUACCUUGCUUAACCCAGGCUACAUUGACGUUGAUGUCAAAGCCACGCAGGAGGUAAGUAUGCACACAUGCCACCAGCCUGAGCAAAGAGAGUCGGGGUGCUUGGGCACACAGAUAUUCACACCGUUUUGGGCCUUCUCUGUAGAUAGGUGCUAAGGCCUUUGAUGCUUCUCUCCUCGGCCUGGCAUCCCUUUUGGGAUGUUUUAACAAUUGACCCUCAACAAAGACCUAGAGAUGACAAUUGCUCCAGACAUAGGAUGUAGUGUCCUUACCGUUAUUCCCCAAACUCCCUUCCCAACCCCCAUUUUCUUAUCUCUCACAGGUGGCAGGUUUGUAUAUGUGUAAAUAUGAUUUUUAUGUCAGCUACACCUACAUGUAAUCCACUUCAGAGUGGCUGUGUUUGGCUCGUGACCUUGUGUCCGUAAGUGAAGCACAGAUUUUCAAAGGGAUUCUUUCUCAGUAGAUGUCCCUAAGGACAGUGCAAAUGUCUUACACAGGUACAGAAUCGACUCACCAUUUUUUCAUUAAAAGUGGUAUAUUAGGGUACUGGAUAUGAUGUCAUCUUACAGACUAACCUGCAUUCUAGCCAACAACAAGGGCUGUGCCCUACUGGGAAUCCCAUUCUUUCCUGAGGGAGGUUUGGAGGAUGGAGAUGCUUCCUCUGACAUCAUGGACUCUGGCCCAUGUAGGCUUCGUGCUGCUCCACAGCGUUCUGGGAAGAGCAUGGAGCCAGCGGUCUGCCGAGGGUUCUGGCUGUGCUCACACGUGAUCACGCCUUUCACCAUUGUCAUGAUACCCAGUGACUCAGCAGUCGUGCCAUCACACAGCCUGUCGCCCUUUCCGGUGUUUUUGUAAAGGGUUUCCACUUGGGCUGGACCCAGGUUUUGCACCUAGAAGACCCCUCUACAGACACCUAGGGCCCUCGCAUCUUGUACUCCGUUCUAUGCUAAAAUGUUUCAGUUGGCGCUCAUUUGUAUCAAUUGCUUUUGAUUUUAACCCAUUGGUAUGAUUCAUACUAAUAAAUAUUUUAAGUUUUA